CGACGUGCUGACGCCGUACUCUUCGCGCUUCUUGCUGUUUUCUUUGAUCGCCGGAGUCUGGCGGCAGGAGAAGGAGAAGAGUGACGGUGUUUUUGCGGCGGUUUGGCUUUGAAAAAAAGAUCUUUAGAAUGGCGUUGGCUUAAAAGCUCAGAGGGGUCUGGAAAGGGGCCUCCACUCCUAGCCCUCUUUCUUCCGAGUUUGCGACUCUCCGGUCCAAGAUGGACAAAGUCUGUGCUGUGUUUGGAGGCUCCCGGGGCAUUGGCAGGGCAGUGGCCCAGUUAAUGGCCCGGAAAGGCUACCGACUGGCUAUCAUCGCCAGAAAUCUAGACGUGGCCAAAGCCGCCGCCGGUGAACUCGGCGGAGAUCAUUUGGCCUUUAGCUGUGAUGUUGCCAAAGAACAUGAAGUUCAAAAUACCUUCGAAGAGAUGGAGAAAAAUUUAGGUCCAGUUAAUUUCUUGGUAAAUGCAGCUGGAAUUAAUAGGGAUAGCCUGUUGGUAAGAACAAAAACUGAAGAUAUGGUAUCUCAGCUUCAUACUAACCUCUUGGGUUCCAUGCUCACCUGUAAAGCUGCCAUGAAAACUAUGAUUCAGCAACAGAGGGGGUCUAUUGUUAACGUAGGAAGUAUUAUUGGUUUAAAAGGCAAUUCUGGCCAGUCUGUGUACAGUGCCAGUAAAGGAGGAUUAGUUGGAUUUUCCCGUGCUCUUGCUAAAGAAGUAGCAAGGAAGAAAAUUAGAGUGAAUGUUGUUGCACCAGACGAUCUGAAGUUAGUACUGUGCCUAUUUUUGCGAUUACAUCUGUUACAGAGUUUGGAAAAUACAGACAAGUACAAAGAAGAAAAUAAGAUUUGUUCACACAGAUAUGACGAAAGACUUGAAAGAAGACGAUAUAAAGAAAAGUAUCCCGCUUGGGAGGUUUGGAGAACCUAUUGAUGUGGCGCAUGCAGUUGUGUUUCUUUUAGAAUCACCGUAUAUUACAGGGCAUGUUCUGGUUGUGGAUGGGGGAUUACAACUCACGAUGUAAUUUACAGGUUAUUCAACUAUAAUGGUAAUUAGAAUCAAGGACACACUCUGGCUGUUGAUUAGACAAUCAUGCCUACAAGGGUGACAUUUGCUAAUCAAACCUAUCGAUGCCACAAAUGUUGAUUUCUGUCUUUAUGUGAAUAUGUCUAAAAAGAACAAUGAUCAAUUGUGUUUUCUAAAUGGUGUAUAUGUUACAGGCUGUAGCAAGUUUAGCAUGUAGACAUUUUGGAAGUAAUAUAAACAGGUAUUACCUUAAUUUAUAUAUUUUUGUCUCAAAAGUGGAAAAACUUAUUUAGUCUAAUUAUCAUGAGUUAUUUCAUUGUAUCAGGCUGAAUUCUCUAGUAGUUAACCUUGUGGGUCAUUGCCAAAAUACCAGUAUUUACCGGACGUUAGUUAGUCAUCAAUACUUUAGCAACCCUGCUGAAGUUAAACGUUGUAUUCCUUUUAGUAUCACUUUAGAUAUAGGCAUGAAUUUAGAGUCUGGUUUCUUUGAGUGGCAUUACUCCUGAUUGAGCAGUUGGGCAAAAUAAUCUACAAAUAUAAGUAUGGUACAGUUGGCCCAUUCUAUAGAAUUCUCAAAGAUGAUGAGGACUAGCCCUUAAGGUUUUAAUAUUAACAUCUGGUACAGUAAUGAGCUGCAUAGAUCUUAUCCAUUUAGGAAGUGGAAGUGUUUUGUUUUUAUUUAAUACACAAAACACUUAGUAUAGCAGCUACUUAAAAAUUAGUAUAAGAAAUAGUGACAUUUUAAAAAUUGAGUAUUUCACGUUAAUGAAUAUAAUGAUGAUUCUUAUCCUAAAUCUUUAGAAAGAUACUUGUGAACAAUCAUAAAUGAUAACAAAUAAUGCAAUAACGAUGAAUUAAAUGUCUUCACAAGGAACUGUUAAAGCAUUGGACUUAAAAAGAAAAUAUCUUCCUGAGAAUAGAGAUAAAGACACAAACUGAAUGCGAAAUAUCAGGCAACAUCUAUUUUGCAUUGGACUCUUUUUGUGGGGAAUACUGUGGGAAUAUAUGUCACUGGAUUCGUGUUGAUUUUUAUUUAAAAAAUUUUAAAUGUUUACUGCAUUUUAAAAAGUAAUCUUUUUACGGUUUUAUUGGAGCUGAACAUUACUUUAUGUAAACAGAUUUAGUUUUUUAUUGAUAGCCCAAAAGUAUGAAUAGGAUAUACCAAAUAAAUGCGAAGUAAAAAAUAAAAAAUAAAGUAGGAAUAAAAAGUAAAGUCAAAUCUGUGUUUUAAAUCAGGAUUCCUUAAACAUUAUUUAAAAUUUAUCUUUGAAAUAGUCUUCUUUAUUUAGAGAAGUCUGUUUAGGAUGUGAGAAAGUCAGUUAAGUGUGAGUAAAAUUAUUAAAAAUUGUCUACUAAACACAAGCAUGGUAAUAUACAGAAUUUCUCGGCAUUAACAGUUGCAGGCAGAUACAGGAAAUACAGCUGUCAGGAUGGUUUCAAAUGUGGUAGCUGAUGCUUCUAGCUUAAGCCAGGAGAGUUUAUGCAGGCAGACUAGGCUGUUUUUCUAGUGUUUCCUUACCUGCUGGCCUUUGGCUGCCUGCACAUCUUCCUUAUGACGUCCCACUCAGGCUUGUUCCCUUCUCUGAACACCUCAUGUUCUGAAAUCAUCAGUAAGGCUGAUUUGACUAGUGAUUAGGAAGAAAGCAAUGUAGUUCACUGAACUAAUGACACUAAGAUGUAGGUUACAAAUAAGUUUAACCUUUAAGUGUAUAGAUUUACACUUUAAGAAAUAUUUAACUGUUCCACCCCCUCGCCCAGCCCAUAUCAAACUGGUGGAAUAUGGGGCAAGAUCUUGAAAUGGGUAAAAUACGCUGUCGCUGUUCCCCUCCGGGGGAAUUCUCCAUCCACUUCCACCAAGCUGGUAGAAUUUGUAAUUUAAUACUUGCAUCCUAUUGCUGAAAUCAUUUGGUGGCUGUUGCUUAUGUUCAGAGGUUCAAGAACUUCAAUGAAUUCUUAACAAGAAGACUCAUCUGUAGGUGUUAUCUGACUCCUCAGGAGCCCAUAAUCCAGCCUGUGUUUUGUUGUUAGUGCCAUCAAGUGGAUUCUGACUUGUAGCGACCCUGUGUACAGCAAAGCGAAACCCUGCCUCAUCUUUUUGCACCAUUCUCUCACCUGGUGCUUUAUCAAACAAUGCUCCACUGCUAUUCAUAGGGUUUUUGUGGCCCAUUUUUUUGGAAGUGGGUGGCUCAGUCCAUCUUCCUAGCCUGUCUUAGUCUGAAAGCUCCACUGAAACCUGUCCACCAUGGGUGACCCUGCUGGUUUUGAAAUACCAGUGGCAUAGCUUUCAGCGUCACAGCAACAUGCAGCUGCCACAGUGUGACAGCCAACAGGCGGGUGCUGUGGUUCCCUGACCACAAAAGGAACCCAGGCUGGGGCAGUGAGAGCACCGAAUCUAAGCCACGAGACCACUACUGCUGACUAGCCGUGUUUAUCACUUGUUAAAAAAUGCUUUAUGGUUAAAACCAAUGUAUUAAAAUUUUCGCAUUUAAGGUUUUAAAAUUUGUGCUCCUUUUCAUACUUUUAUUCAUAUUCAAUUUAUAAGACGGUUUUUAAAGUGCUUUCUAGAAAUAGAAUUAUGUUAUAAAUUAGGGGGCAAUAAUUUGUGCAAAAAAGAUCAUUUAAUUUAUAUGCUUCUGUUACCUAGAAUAAAAGGAGACUAUUCUGAAUAUUCAAGAAUUAUGCCUUAUAUUGCUGAAACAUUUUCCCAAGCUUUUCAAAUGGAAAUAUAUGUAAAUUGAGAAAUCAUACCACUGUCCUAACUUGACAAACAUACUAAAAGUGUUUAAUAAUUCUUGUUUCUUUUAUAUUGAUUUCAUCUUUUAAUUAUGUUGUAAGCUCUUGAGGGUAAACACCAUAUUGUGUUUUUUUCAUUUAGCUAAUUAAGUAACAACAAAUAUUAAGUAUGUACUAAAUAUCUUGUACUUGUUUUGAUACCCCCACCUUGCCUGCUCAGCUCUGAGUACAUUGGAUAUACUUAGUAAAUACACUGACAAAUCAGUA